GCCGACAGCAUCAACAUGCUUUCGUAAAUGACACUCUCCGCAAACAAGCCUUGACUCACAAAUCGUAUCAUUACGAAAAUCCAAAAACCGGUCCGCACAAUGAACGCCUCGAAUUUUUGGGUGACUCCAUCGUCUCCUUUGUGGUUGCAAAUUUUUUAUUUUCGAGAUAUCCAGACCUCAAAGAAGGACAGCUCACUUUACUCAGAGCUAACUUGGUAUGCAAAAAGUCUCUGGCAAAGUUUGCAUUGCAGCUAAAACUGGAUGAGGGUCUUCUUCUGGGUGUAGGUGCGCUGAGAGACGGUGGAAAAGCAAGCGAAAAGGUCCUGGAAGACGCUUUUGAGGCUUACGUUGGUGCUGUAUACCUGGAUUCCGGGUCGAGCAUGAAUGCCGUACAAAAGUUCAUGGAGCCAUUGCUCUUGUCGGCCGUCGAGGAACUAACUCGUGGUACGGUCUCUCACGUACACUCGAAGAAAGAAUUCAGCAGCGAAUUCAAAAAUUCGCAUUCGAGGAGGGGAAUUCCAUCCGAUUUGCAAGAUCCGAUAAACAAACUUCAGACGUGGUCUCAGCGGAACAAGCUCGGUAUUCCCAUCUAUCGCGAUAUUGAAGCACCCAACGCCCUCUUUGUAGUUAACGUUUGCAUAAACGAACAUUGUCUGGGUUCUGGAAAGGCGAGGAACAAAAAAGACGCUAAAAAGGAGGCUGCCAUGGAGGCGUUGAAGACUAUAGAGAGUAAGACACGAAUACAUGGAAUGCCGUUGACUACGUUGGACGCAUUUUUGAUGAAUCAGAAUAAUGUUGCAAUGAAAAUGAGUUGUUGUAAACAAUGA